CUCCAGGAACAUCGUUAUUACCAACUAUCUCCUCACUAAACAAGGGCAUUUCGUCAGAUUCAGCCGCGCCCUGCCAGUGACUUACACAUUGACAUCAUAGCUUCUACACGCUGUCACACAAUUCCACGAAGGUAGAUAGGGAGUAAAAACACCACAUCCUCAGUUAUUUUCCGAGCUUUUUUAUUUCUCCUUAAUCCCGCUUCUGCGUUCCAGUCAGUAUAUAAUCUUACUUUUUAUAUUUUUCUCUCAAACCAGUUCGUCUUUUAUUCUACCCCACAAUGCCCUCCCUAUCACCCUGCACCAUCUCCGUCCUAGACUCCGCCCUCAAAAAACUCGACCGGAAACUCUCUGACGCAGACUUCCCAGACGAAUUUGACGACGUUCCCGUUCAAUGGCCUUACGUGGCUCCUCUCUCCGACGUCGAUCGCCAAGCAUCCUAUUAGAAGGUCCUGUUUGAUUGGCGGAUAGAAGAAGCUGGAGUGAACGGGUUGCCGAAUUAUCGGAGCAAGAUUAAUAUCGAUAAGUUCGGUGAGGUUAACGUGCAU